AUGGCCAAAACAGCUCACAAAGGAGAAACCAUCUACACGGCAGUUCACGACAUCCCCCAGACCAUGUCCCUGAUUGGGAAUGUCCUCAUCAUUGUCGUCACCACCUUUGACCGGCACUUGCACACCCCCAUGUACUUCUUCCUCAAGAACCUGUCGGUCAUUGACCUUGGCUACAUCUCCGUCACAGUAUUCCUCGUAUUUUUAUUCGGUGGAACAGAAAUGGCCCUGCUCACAGUAAUGUCCCAUGACCGCUAUGUCUCCAUCUGUCUCCCCCUGCACUAUGAGAUCAUCAUGCCCCACGUUGCCUGUGUACGUAUGUUGGCUGCCUCUUGGUUCAGCAGCUGUUUGAGUGCCAUCUUGUACACAGCCAGCACCUUCUCUCUAUCUUUCUGUGGCCCAAACAUUGUCCACCAGUUCUUCUGCGAUGGUCCCCAGUUGCUAAGACUUGCAUGUUCCACUGAUCAUGUCCCAGAAGAUGUGAGUUUAGCCAUCAGCAUGUGCCUAACUGUCUUCUGCUUCGUGAUCAUCGUGGGCUCCUACGUCCGCAUCUUCUCAGCUGUGCUGAGGAUGCCGUCAGUGGAGGGCCGCUCCAAAGCCUUCUCCACCUGUAUACCCCACCUGGUCGUCGUCACUCUGUAUGUCACAUCUGGCAUAUCUGCCUACCUAAAGCCGAUAUCAGACUCUCCCUCUGCACUGGACUUGUUGGUAUCUGUGUUCUAUACUGUGGUGCCCCCUACUCUUAAUCCCCUCAUCUACAGCCUGAGAAACCGGGACAUUAAGGCAGCAAUGAGAAAGCUGCUACGGCCAAAACAUUUCCCAGAGGAGAAACCAUCUAUCGGAUGA